AGAACCACCCGGACUUGGCCAUCCCGAUUGCUAUGCCCAUCCCGGACAGCGGGCCGGCGGUUCCAGUUAGGCCAUGGACAGGAAGCGACGAUCAGAGGAGAACAUUCUGGGCAUCUUCGCCGAGGGCGAGUUCGAGGGCACGCGGAAGCGGCGCCAGGACAAGGCCAGGGACAAGGCCAAUGCCGCGCCGAACCUCACCGCCCCGAUGAGCUUCGUGCGGGGCCAGACCCUGGCGCCCACCUCCAUACCUGCGCCCAAGGAGGUCAAGGACGACAAGGAUGACAAGGAUGGCAAGGAUGGCAAGGAUGACGACUCCGAUGAGGUGGACAGCCGCUUCGUGCUCGACGCCUCACUGCCCAACGGGAACUUCCAGCCGGCCGUGGCGGGGCCCAAGCUGCCUGCCCGCAACAAGCUCUCCUUCGGCCAGAUGGCCGACAACUACGGGAAGGGCUUUGCCAUGCUGCAGAAGAUGGGCUUCACGGGGGGCGGCUUGGGCCGGCACCGGGACGGCAUCGCCAACCCCAUCGCGGUGCAGAAGCGGCAGGGGAAGCAGGGCAUUCAAGACGACGGCGAGAUGGUGGACCAGGACCUCUACGGCAACGAGCACGGCUCAACCCGCCAGACCCUGGAGGAGCUCCUGUGUAUCGGCAAGAAGCCGGAGUCCAAGGAGCCGAAGAUCUCCGACGGCUGGAAGCGCGACGGGAAGCCGAAGAAGCCGAGGACCCUGUACAAGACCGCAGAGGAGUUGUCGGCGGAAGCGCCCAUCUCCAUGCGAAUCGUGGACAUGCGCGGGCCGGAGGUGAAAGUCGCCUCCUCCUUCGCCGAGCUGGCGGCGAACUUGUCCGGGGACAGCGUGCGCAGCCUGAAGGAGUUCCGGCACAACACCCGGCUGCUGGUGGCCCGAUACGAGGACAAGAUCAAGGCGGCGGCGGAGAGGAAGCGACACUGCGAGGACGUGGUGCUGUCGGCGGCCAAAGAGCAGGAGCGCCUAGCGACGGCCAGCAGCGUCAGCGAGUCCGAAGUAAAGACCUGCAAGGAGCUGGUUUUGGAGAUCGAGCAUCUGCGCGAGCGCCAGGACCAGGGGGGCAUCGGGCUGCAGGAGCUGGCGGAGCGGUUUCUGCAUCUCCGCGCCUUGAGGCCCAAGGAGUUCCAGGUGCUGCAGGCGACGGAGGUGGCCUUCUCCCUGGCGCUGCCCACCGCCAGGCGGGAGCUUUGCACCUGGCAGCCCUUGAAGCGGCCCGAGGGCCUGCAGGGCCUGGCCACUUGGCAACGCCUGGAUGACGCCUCUGCCUCGACGGCCGCGCGAGGGCGCUUCGCCGCGCUGGUCGACGCCACGCUGCUGCCGCAGCUGCGCAAGGCGCUGGUGGCUUGGAGCCCCCGGGACUUCGAGCCGUGCCUGCGGCUCAUGGAGAAGUGCACGCAGGUGCUCCAGGCCCAGGUGGCCGAGUCUCUGGUGGCGGAGGUGGUGCUCCCACGGCUCCGCGCGGAGAUCGAGGAGUGGGACCCCAGAGUGGACGCUGUCCCGGUGCAUCUCUGGCUACAUCCCUGGCUGCCAGUGCUUGGGCAGCGCCUGGAUCUGCUGUGGCCGGCGGUGCGCUUCAAGAUCUCCGGGUGCCUGGAGCGCUGGGAGGUGUCCGACCCGUCGGCCCAGAGCCUGCUGAUGCCCUGGCACCAGGUCUUUGACGCGUCCAACUGGGAGCCCCUCAUGGAGAAGGUCCUGCAGCGUUUGGAGAAGUCCAUCCACGCGACCCCGGUGAAGCCGGAUGGCCAGGACCUCACAGCUCUGCGGAGCCUCUUCAGUUGGCUGGACCUCUUGCCCUUGCCCAACGUGGCGCGGACCUUGGAGGGCGCCUUCUUCCCCCAGUGGCACGCGGCCCUGAGGCGCUGGCUCAAGACCAAGGCCUGCGACUACUCGGAGGUGCUGCAGUGGUACCAGGGCUGGAAGGGCCUUUUUCCCCCGCAGCUGCGGGAGCACCCGGCGGUGCAGCGGCAUUUGGCCCAGGGACUCGAGGUCAUGAAGCACGUCAUGUCCAACGGCACCGCCCCGAUCGAAGUGGAGGAGGAGGAGGAGCCACAGCCGCAGCCUCGUGCCUCGUUGCCAGUGGAGGAGGUAAGCCUGAGCCUCAGUGACUACAUCUCCCAAGUGGCGGCAGAGGAGGGUCUCAUCUUCCUGCCCAAGAAGUUGCGGCGCAACGGCAAGCCCGUGUACCAGCUGGGCUCCGCCAGCAUUCAGCUGGACAAAAACCUCGUCUACGUCGCCCCCAAAGGCGGCGAAGGCGAUUGGAAGGCGGCCUCCAUGGACGAGCUUCUGAAGAUCGCCAAGGCCAGCAAGAAGUGAGGCUUGCUUUGAGUCCUCGGGUUUCGACCCUUGGUGGCUUUCAGCUUGCAACAUCACCGGACCCUUGGGAGGCGAUAAGAUGAGGGGACCCGGUUCUGCCCAGAUGGUCAAAGGCUGAAUGGAUA